GCUGUGUAUGACAGAGUUGCUGAAUUUUUCGCGCCUGAAUUUGUUACCAACGGUUCUUCAUUUGUUUGAUAUCAAAAAAAAAACUUUUAACCAAUAAUGUCAUCAAUACUUAUCGAUUCCGGUUGUGAUACGGAUAGUUUGGAAGAAGAAAAGCAAAAAUAUGAAAUUUAUAAAUUCAAAUUUCUUCGAGCUGAUUUGGAAAAAAUUUAUGAAGAAAUUCUCCAAGAAAUUUCCAUUGAUUCUGUAUUUGAUGCAUUCUCAAAUUAUAUAACCGAAAAUAUCGAACCCAUUGGAUGGACAGCUAUUUGGAUUCCGUCGUCGAAUGAAUUUUAUCAUCAUACCCGUUUUUUAGUGAAAGUUACAAAUGUUUUUGAAUCUAUGGAAGCUUCGGUUUUGAUCAUGAAACGAAUAUCAAACCAAAUCAACAAUAAUGAUGAUGAUGAUGACGCAGACUUAUCAAUGAAUAAUGAUAUCGUUCAACUUGGCGAACGAAAAGUACCUUUGAUCGAAUUAUUUGUUAUAUCAGAGGAUGAUGAAGAAAAAUUCUUCUACAAAACUGCUUACAUUAUUGAAAUUUAUCGCUUCUUUUACCUCAACUUAUGGCGACCAUGGGAUGAUGUUGAUGAUCGAUAUCAUGAUGAAAUAUUCUUAACUAAUAGAUUUAUUCCUCGUUUGAAUUUCGUUUUUGAUGUCAAAAAUAAUGUCAUUGAUAAGAAAAUUAUUUGUCGUUAUGAGAAGAUUAUUUCUGAAGCCCAAUCAAUUAAAGAAUCAAUGAAUAAAUUAAAAUCGAUUUCGGAAAAACAGGAAAAAGGAGAAAUUAAUCAAGAGGAUAAUUAUUUCAAUGAAAUAGAUCCCUUAGAAUAUUGGCGAUUGACAAUCAAAUUGGAAAAAUAUCAACGCGCGAUGCGAUUCAUUGAAAAUCCUGAAUUACGUAACCUUUACGACGAAUUUGUGGCCGAGGAAUUUGAUGAAACUGAUGAUGAAAGAGUUUUACAUCUUGUUUCGAACUCUGAUUUUGAAUCAUUGUCAAAAGCUAUUAAAAAAUUGAGCUCUUUUCUUACGGAAGAAAAAACAAAAUUAAAAGUUAAAUUGCAUGAUACAUUUCAAAAAGCAUUGAACCGUUCGAAAUCAGGCGAUAGCAUCUAUUUAUGUGCCGGAAAUCAUGUUCAGGAAUUAUCUUGGAUUGAAAAAAAUUUAGAAAUAUAUGGUAUCGAACCAGAUGUAAAGAUUUGUUCAAGCCAUGAUUGCGGAGAUUUAUUCAUAUUUGUUAAUGUUCCCGGAAAGUUGAAAAUAUCUAAUGUUACUAUCAAAGCCAUACAUCAGUUAGAUCAAUUAAUUUUUUUAAAAUCUGGACAUUUAAUACUUGAAGAUUGUAUUAUUGAUUUGAAUCGAUCGGUAAUGAAAAAAGAGCCAAUAAGGAAGUUGAAUGAUGCACAACAAUUAACUCUAACUAAUACCAUAAUUAUUGAUCAAUAAAUUUGCAUUUUAUUUUAUUAUUAUUAUUACUCAUAUGGCUUUUAUUCUUCUUCAAAAAAUCUU